AUGGAUGCAUUGAGCUACAGGGAUUGUGAGGCUUGGAGAGCGGAAGGUCUUCCAUUGUCCACCAGCAGUAAUGAGGCUUGCAAACUUUAUGAUGCUAUUCUCACCCAGUAUGUGAAGUGGCGCAACAUUGACAGUGUUGGUGGAAUUGAAGGAUGCAUAACAGCCAUCAAGGCAGCUGAUCCGGAUUUUGUGAUGGGUCAUGUGCUGAGCACGGGCUUGGAGCUGGUGGGAACUGCAACUUCCCUCCGCCUGGACCAACGUCUGGCGAGCGCCGUGAAGAGAACUGUGGAGAUGGCCGCCAGUCAAAACCUCACCACAAGAGAGAGGCUCCAUGUUAAGGCCAUGGAAUUAUUCUCGCAUGGGAAUUUCCCCAAAGCCAGUGAUGUUUGGGAAGAUAUCCUGGUUGAUCAUCCCACAGACUUGCUUGCGCUCAAGUUUGCCCAUGACAGUUAUUUUUACAUGGGAGCCCAAACCCAGAUGAGGGAUUCAGUUGCGCGAGUGCUGCCCUAUUGGAAGCCUCACAUGCCCUUGUCCAGCUAUAUGAAAGGAAUGUAUUCUUUUGGUCUUCUUGAGACGAGAUUUUAUGACCAGGCUGAGAAAGUAGCAAUGGAGGGUCUUACACUGGUUCCCGAUGACGCUUGGGCUGUCCAUUCAGUAGCCCAUGUCUAUGAAAUGACAGCGAAAGUGGACAAAGGCUUGAAGUUCAUGGAAGGGAAGGAGAAAGACUGGCAGGUAUCUGAUAUGCUGGCCAGUCACAACUAUUGGCACUGGGCACUGUACUACAUUGAAAAGGGGCAAUAUGAGGCUGCGCUGCAAAUAUUCGAUUCUCAGCUAUUCAAACGUUGUAAAACCUCGGGAUCCAUGUUGGACAUAGUGGAUGCCAGCUCACUGCUGACCAGAUUAGAGAUGGAGGGUGUGUCUGUAAAGGAGCGCUACCGGGAGCUGCUCCAGGUAACGCUGCCUCACACCGAUGACCACGUGACCCUUUUUAAUGACCUCCAUUUCCUCAUGACAUCCCUGGGAGCGAGUGAGAUGGGAGCUUCUCGGCGUCUGCUGGAAGGCCUCCAGGAAUUGGCUAAGAAUCCAGGCGACAAUUAUCAACAUAAAGUGGCUGGACCCAUUGGGGUGCCAAUGUGUCAGGCCUUGAUGGAAUAUAAUGAUAGACACUACGAUAAAGCCGUAGAAUUACUUUACCCUUUACGCUACAACAUGGUGCAGAUCGGGGGCAGUGAUGCACAGAGAGACGUCUUCCAGCAACUGCUUAUUCAUGCGGCCUUGAAAUCAGAGAGCAAGCACCACCAGAGACUCGGAAGAUGUCUCGUAGUGGAGCGUGAAGCAGCAAGGCCAAACUCUCCGCUGACCAAUCGUCUGAUGCAGAGAGCGAUGGCUCUUCAGUAG